AUGUCCUGCUCCAGCCUGUGUGCCCCUUGUGGCUUGGCCUCCACUUGCCCUCUGGCUGACACCUGCAAUGAGCCCUGCGUGAGGCAGUGCCCCGACACCACGGUGGUCAUCCAGCCCCCGACCUCGGUGGUCACCUUCCCCGGGCCCAUCCUCAGCUCCUUCCCUCAGCACAGCUCCGUGGGCUCGGCAGGAGCUCCCUACGUCGGAGGCGGCUCCGGUGGCUCCGGUGGACGCCGUGGGGGCUACGGAGGCUACGGAGGCUACGGGGGCUAUGGAGGCUACGGGGGCUAUGGAGGCUACGGGGGCUACGGUAGCUGUGGGGGCUAUGGGGGCUCUGGAGCCUGGGGAUGUUAUGGAGGCUCUGGGGGCUAUGGAGGUUAUGGGGGCAGCUGUGGUGGCUACAGAGGCUGUGGGCCCUGCUAA